GCUGCUCCUUGCUGUAACCUCGCCAUGGCGUCGUGUCUCUGCUCUCAGUAACAGAAAGUGGCCGCCUCUCUGCUGCUGCCGACUCAAAGCUCACAGACUCGCCUGGUGCCUCAAACCGCCAUUUUGGAGUCAGAGAACCGAGAGUCGGCAGCAGCGACGAGAGGGACCGAAAGGGGGACACGGGGCUGAGGCUCUUUCACUUUUCGUGAGGCCAUUUAUCUGAAACAAGCACGAUGCCAUUGUUCGCUAAGGAGUAAAAAGGUCCCGCCUCUCCAGGCAGAGGAGUUGGUUGUGCAUGGCGUCAGGACAAGAUGGCCAGCUGGAGGUCAGGGCAUCGGGGGGCUCUGGCCUGGCCAAGCCUCUCUAUAUGCAGCGCCUGGAAAGAUCCCUGAAGUUGGACAACUUUCUGCGGCAGACGGCUGCUGUCUUUAACAGAGACAUAACCAGUGAUGAUAGUGAUGGGUCGCUGGGAGCGGGACUUCCCCAGGACUCCUCCGCUCACCACGCAGCUGCAUCCGUGAAGAGUGAGCCGAGUGAACAAGAAAACGGGUUGCUCGAGGGCAAACCCUUAAACGGGGUGCUUUUGCAGGGGAAAGAUCAAAAAGCAGACAAAACAAGCCUCUACAACUUCUCUAAGCUGAAAAAGAGCAGGAAGUGGCUCAAGAGCAUCCUGUUGAGCGAUGACACCACAGAUUCUGACACGGAUUCUGACGAUUCCAGCUUUAGUUUGUCUCGAGAGGAGCUGCACGACAUGCUGAGGAUGCAUCGUCACACCAGGCUGCAGCAGAGCAAGUUUUACUCCGACCGAGAGCUUUACCAGUAUCAGUACUACAGCACAGGCCUCCUGUCCACUCAGGACCACUUCUACGAGCAACAGCGCCACCUGCUGGGCCCGAAGAAAAAGAAAAUCAAGGAUGAGAAGAAAUUUAAGGCCAAACUUAGAAAAGUCAAGAAGAAGAAGAAAAGAGGAGAGGGAGAGUACCUGGAUGAGGAGCGUCCCUAUGUUAACAAGAUCUUUGCUAAGUUUUCCCAUGAUGCUCCACUACCUAUGGUGAAGAAAAAGCACCUCACCAUCGAGCAGCUGAACGCACGGCGGCGCAAAGUGUGGCACACCAUCGCCAAAAAGGAGAUUCCAAAGUCUUUCAAACAGAAGACCUCUGCUAAGAACUUGGUACUCACUAAUGUGAAAAAGCUGGCCCACCAGUGCAUGCGAGAGGUCCGGCGUGCAGCCAUUCAGGCUCAGAAGAACUGCAAAGAGACGCUGCCCCGCGCACGGCGUCUCACCAAGGAGAUGAUGCUCUACUGGAAGAAGUACGACAAGGUGGAAAAAGAGCACAGAAAGAGAGCGGAGAAGGAAGCUCUGGAGCAACGGAAGCUAGACGAAGAGAUGAGAGAGGCCAAGCGUCAGCAGCGCAAACUCAAUUUUCUCAUCACCCAGACGGAGCUUUAUGCUCAUUUUAUGAGCGGCAAAGCCAGUCCAGGAGGAGAUGCUGCUCAGGAGGAGAUUCUGAAAAAGCUGGAAGACAACACAGCCCAUCGGCAAAUAGAUGUUGGAGGAGGAGUAAUGAUCAACAUGGGUCAGGAGGAGUACGAUAGUGAAUACUACAAAACUCAGGCCUUGAGGAACGCCAGAGAAGCCUAUCAGAUUCAUCAGGACAGAACGAGAAUGUUUGACGAGGAAGCCAAAGACAGCCGCAGCGCCUCUUUCCACGCAGCUGGCAGCUCAUCGUCAGGAAUCAGAUCUGGGUUCGGAGAAAGCUACAGCCUCGCAAAUCCGUCGAUUCAAGCUGGAGACGACAUCCCCCAGCCCACCAUCUUCAAUGGAAAACUCAAGGGUUACCAGCUCAAAGGGAUGAACUGGCUGGCCAACCUCUAUGAACAGGGAAUUAAUGGAAUCUUGGCAGAUGAAAUGGGACUGGGGAAGACGGUUCAGAGCAUCGCCCUGCUGGCCCACCUAGCAGAGAGGGACAACAUCUGGGGUCCAUUCCUGAUCAUCUCCCCAGCGUCCACACUCAACAACUGGCAUCAGGAAUUCAGCCGCUUUGUGCCCAAGUUCAAGGUGUUGCCUUACUGGGGGAAUCCUCACGAUCGAAAAGUGAUUCGGAAGUUUUGGAGCCAGAAAACUCUCUACACACAAAACGCACCCUUCCAUGUGGUGAUAACGAGUUACCAGCUCGUGGUCCAAGACGUCAAGUACUUCCAGAGGGUCAAGUGGCAGUACAUGGUUCUGGAUGAGGCUCAGGCUCUGAAAAGCAGCUCCAGCGUUCGAUGGAAAAUUCUUCUGCAGUUUCAGUGUCGAAACAGACUCCUGCUGACCGGGACGCCUAUCCAGAACACUAUGGCUGAACUGUGGGCCCUGCUGCACUUCAUCAUGCCCACGUUGUUUGAUUCCCACGAAGAGUUUAACGAGUGGUUCUCCAAGGACAUCGAGAGUCACGCUGAAAACAAGUCUGCCAUCGACGAGAAUCAACUCUCCAGAUUACACAUGAUUCUCAAGCCUUUCAUGCUGCGCAGGAUCAAGAAGGAUGUGGAAAAUGAGCUCUCAGACAAAAUCGAGAUCCUGACCUACUGUCAGCUGACAUCCCGGCAGAGGCUGCUCUACCAGGCUCUGAGGAACAAGAUCUCCAUCGAGGAUCUGCUGCAGUCCUCCAUGGGCACGGCCCAGCAGGCCCACAGCACCACCUCCUCACUCAUGAACCUGGUCAUGCAGUUCAGGAAGGUUUGCAACCAUCCAGACUUAUUCGAGCGUCAAGAGACUCGCUCUCCUUUCCACAUGUCCCUAACGCCUUACGUCAUGUCAAAGUUUCUGUUCCGUCACGGUGUCGUCCACGAACACAACCAGGCCAGGAACAAAUUACUUCAAGUCCUGUUGUCACCUUUCUGUCCACAUCACAUCCAGCAGUCUCUUUUUCACAGGAAAGAUGACGACAAAGGAAGCUGCUUCUCUUUUUUGCGUUUUGUUGAUGUGUCGCCAGCUGAGAUGUCCAAUAUGAUGCUGCGAGGCACUUUAGUCAGGUGGUUAGCUCUUUUUUUGUCCCUGAAAGCCGCGUACCGGCUCUACUACCAGCGUCUGUUCAGUCAAGAUGACGAACCGGAAGCCCAGACGUUGUCCUGCAAAGGUCUGAUUCUGUGGCCCGACAGACCACUCGCCUUUCCCAACACUCAAACAAGUCCCAUCCUGCAGGAUUUGGUGUUUACGGCCUCCAGGCCCAACCUGUUGGGACACACGGAUGUGAAGAUCCACAGCCGAAACUCGUCCGCCUCCACCUUCUGGCCCUGUCAGCCCACAUUACCACCCAAGUUCCUGCUAGCCGCUACACCCAAGGUGACAGCAGUUCCCAUGGAGCGUUAUUGUGCCGACCGGAGCGCCGAGUACGAGUGGCGGGUGACACGCGGCGGAGGGGGGACGAUCUUCAAACAGUGUUUUCUGUACGGCUCUCCUGAACUCACCUCAGACUGGUUUAUGAGGUCCAACGCCUUCUACCCACAAGGCCCUGGGGGCGCGAUGGCCCUUCAGCUUCGCCACGGGUGGUCCUUCAUUCGGAUUCCCGAUAAAGAAAGCCUGAUCACAGAAAGUGGCAAACUCCACACCCUGGACAUCUUGUUGAACCGGCUAAAGGCCCAGGGUCACAGAGUCCUCAUCUACUCCCAGAUGACACGUAUGAUCGACUUGCUUGAGGAGUACAUGGUCUACCGUAAACACCACGGACAUCUUUGUGUUUCUGCUUAGUACGAGGGCCGGAGGACUUGGCAUUAACCUGACCGCUGCUGACACAGUUAUAUUUUACGACAGCGACUGGAAUCCCACUGUGGACCAGCAGGCCAUGGACCGCGCCCACAGACUGGGUCAGACCAAACAGGUCACCGUCUAUCGCCUGAUCUGUCAAGGGACGAUCGAAGAGAGGAUCCUGCAGCGCGCCAAGGAGAAGAGCGAGAUCCAGAGAGUGGUCAUUUCUGGAGGCAACUUUAAACCAGACACACUCAAACCUAAAGAAGUGGUCAGCCUGCUCUUGGAUGAUGACGAGCUUGAGAAGAAAUUGCGUCAGAGACAAGAGGAGAAGAAGCAGCAGGAGGAGAGCAGCAAGGUGAAGGAGCGCAAGCGGAAGAGGGAGAAGUACGCUGAGAAGAAGAAGAACGAGGAGUUUGAGAACAAGAGGAAAAAGGAAGCCAACCUGGUCAUAUCCCAUGCGCCCUCAGCCGAUAACUCCAACCUGUCGGCCGAUGGAGACGACUCGUUCAUCAGUGUGGAGAUGGACUCGGCCAUGCCCAGUCCCUUCAGUGAGCCUUUGUCCGUGUCUGUGCUUGCUCCUGUGCACGGACAGAUCUCCCUGAGCAGCGAGCUCCAACCGGGCUCCUUGCCCCCGGACGCAGAUGCAGAUGAGAGCAGCAGCGACAUGCUGGUCAUCGUGGAUGAUCCGGUCUCUUCAGCGCCUCAGUCUCGUGCUACCAACUCCCCAGCAUCAAUCUCGGGAUCAGUCUCGGACAACAUGAACGGUGUUUCAGCCUCAGAGUCCAUUAGCACCGGCAGGGGGAGGUCCAGUCGGAGUCGAGGGCGGCCUAAAGGAUCCGGAGGCGGGGCAAAAUCCGGAGGAAAAGGCCGCGGGCGGAAGUCUGCAGGGAGUGCAGCAGCUAAGGCUGGAGCCAUGGCCGGAGCAGCAGCUGCUUCAGCUGCAGCUUAUGCUGCUUAUGGAUACGACGUCUCCAAAGCCGGCCUCUUGCAGCCCUCUCUGGGCAGCAGAACCGGUACCAACCCAAACUUCAACCCCAGCAGAAGCUCCUCCCCUCAUGCCAAAGGAGGCCCGGCCACCCUGAGCCCCCACACACAGCUGACCCAUAGCCACCACCAGCACAGCAGCCAUGGAGCCGUCAGGAAGGGCAAGGGCCCCGCUGGUCCUGGGGCUCGAUGACAUUCACCCACAUCGUUCCGCCUUCUCUCUCUUACACACACACACACACACACACACACACACACACACACACACACACACACACACACACACACACACACACGAUAACUGACCUGCGUUUUCACUGUGAAUCCCACACAUCUACACUAGAAAGAUUAAACUUAGCAGGCAAACACACAUUUUACUAAACCAUCUCAUCCAUGUUCCAGUUUCGUCCACCUUGAGUAACUUCCAAGUUCUUUUCCACAACAUAAACUGUUUUAUUCCUGCUGGUGGUGACAGGAAUCAUUCGUGCACCUUGAAAGAGUAAAAAAAAAACCUCCCGUCAGCUGCACAGAGCCUCAUCUUCCUCUCCUUUAGUUUAGCUGUUUGUGCGUCUCAUGGAUCGAUACGAUGUUCUUGAGUUACUCUAUCUGGCUCGGUGCAAACCGCUGCACCUAAUGACGACCCCCCCGCACACACACACACACUAGCAAACCGCUUUUUCUACUAAAACUCUUAUUUUUGUAACAGAGGAUUAAAGCACACGAACCGACACAGCUGGUGUUUUGAAAGACGAGGUUUCAAGGGCGUCAAUCCAGCUGGAACUCAGUUAUAUUUUUGUCCAAAAGUUUAAAAUAAGAAUGUAAAAAAGUAAAUUAUAUUUCAAACCGGGAGGUUCCGGUUGAGUCGGCAUGAAAGAAAUCAAACGGACUCAAAUUAUUUGGUUGUCGAUUAUUAUUAAUAAUUUAUUUGUUUAAAAAAAAUGGAUGAUUUCUGAUAGUAGGUGUGUUAUUUGUCACCUGUGAAGUCCAUCAGACAGAUUUUAUUUUUCCUGUGACGAUGGUUCUCUUUAGUGUUUUAGAAAAAAACAAAGGUUCCCAUCCUCCGUGAAACGAGCACUACAUCUGUUUGGAGUUGUUUGUUUUGUUUAUAGUGUGAUUACAGAUCUAAAGUUCUAUAGUGAUGUAAAUAAUGACGAGAGCAACACUUGUGGCUUCUUUCCUUGUUUGCCUGUUUAUUUUUAUAUGUUGUGUACAUAAAUAUGAAAAAAAUGCAUCUGUGAUUUUACUAACAAUAGAAGUGAUGAAAAUAAAAGGUGCUGAAUUUCA